CCUCUCGUGUCGCGCGCGUACAAUAUCACGGGCCGUAUCAUACCCACUGAACGCGAGUGCGGACACGUCGUUCGUUGUUUUUAGUUUUGACAUUAUAAUACGUACGCUGCAGUCGAGGCACCGUCUGACACAAGGCCGUCAUUAGAAGUGUGUACAAGAGAUGACCGCCGAGGCGAGACGGUACGCCGUACCCAGCCUCAUCAAGUUGGCGUACCGGGCGUGCGACAAGAUCCAGCGGCACACGUACCGGACGGAUUACUGUACGCUUCCGCGCGUCGACAUGCAGCGCUGUUGCAAGUCGCUGUUCGAAAUCUUGAAGCUGAACACGGAAGCCGGCGGUUUCGACCCGGAAGGCGACAGGCGGUCCAUGUACCGGAAGGUGAUGCGCCGCGGCGGCAACGGCGGCCGCGGGUUUGGGGCCGUGUGCGAGAUGGCCGCCAGUUACGGGCACGUCGACUGUCUGAGGCUGGCCCACGAGAUCGGCUGCCCAUGGGACGCGUCGACGCCCUCGGUCGCGGCCCUCGGCGGACACCUGGAGUGCCUGAUGUACAUGCACGACAACUCGUGCGCGUGGGACGAACGGACGUGCAACAAAGCGGCGGGCGCGGGCAACUUGCACUGUCUCAGGUAUGCGCACGAAAACGGAUGUCCGUGGCACGAGCUCACGUGCGCCGAUGCUGCGGCGGGCGGACACCUGGACUGUCUGAAGUAUGCGCACGAAAAUGGAUGUCCGUGGGACGAACACACGUGUUUUCUGGCCGCAAUGUUGGAUCAAUUGGCGUGUCUCGUGUAUGCCCAUCAAAACGGAUGUCCCUGGGACAGGGACUACACCGACCGUUUGUUCAUCAGUCGGCGAUGUCUCGAGUACGCGUUCAACAUAGGAUGUCCGAACUUUUGGUGGACGACCAACGCCGGUUAUAAUUUAUUUAAUUAGGUGUAGGUAUCGUAAUGUUUUUUUCAUAUUUAUGUCUUGUACAUUUCAAUAAAUUAUUAUUAUACUAAGUAAGUACUACUGUAAAUUAUAAUACGUAAGUCUUAUCAUUGUAUCUUGAUAUAGGUAUUUUAACUAUAAUUAUAUAAACUUUCUGUGUAAAAAUACGCAAGUGCUCUGAAUUUGCUCAUGCUAUUGAUAUAUUAGCAAAUUCCAUUUUUUUUUCAGAAUAAUUUGUCACAGUUAUUUUGGCUAUGUUAAUUAUUAUAUUGAACUUUUUGUUUUACUGUAACAUUAAUUUAGUGUGUAAAUAUUGUGUAUAGGUCACGAUGUAUGCAUAGCGAGUAAAAACAAUGUAAACUGUAGUAUUUAUAAUGUUGCGUGUCAUCAUGAUUUAUAAAGAUAACAACAUUAUAAACUUUAAUGUAUUGUACCUAUGUUUAUUGAAUUUUUUUUUUUUUGUUAUUAUAUCUAUCUAUUAUUAUAAUUAAACGAUUUUUGCAACGCCUGUA